UGGAAAAUGGUGCUGUACGUUGUAAAUAAAGUGCUAAACCAUACCUCAUCUUUCGUAGAAAACAUGUUUCGAGAAGCGGCAAACACGAAUCGAUCGUUAAAAAGUUGCACGUUGUCAGCUUUAAGGUCCAGAUUGCCGCAGCUUACCAUCAGGCCCAACAAAGUUGUGAUACAGGCAGCUUCGAUUACUCCAACCAGCAAAACAUCACCCAGAAUCAAUGUUACUGCAGCACCGACUAAAGCAACAACCAGUGCAAUACCUUCACGAUUGUUAACACCAAACAGUUUUAACGCAGCUCCAGCCAAAGCAACAACCAGUGCAAUACCUUCACGAUUGUUACCACCAAACAGUUUUAAAGCAGCUCCAGCCAAAGCAACAACCAGUGCAAUACCUUCACGAUUGUUACCACCAAACAGUUUUAAAGCAGCUCCAGCCAAAGCAACAACCGCACAGUACAAUCCUAUGCUCCUCAAUACAUGUUAAAUAUAUCGACCAACACCCACCGUUAAAAAGCCGGCACCAUCCAUCAUCGAUGCAACUUCUGAGAAAGAAAAACGAAAUGUGUUAAAUUUGAAAACGGGAAAAUUGUACCGACCAAAACUUCUAAUAAAUACAUCUCCUGAGACAGUGUCUGUAGCAUCACGCAGUACACAAACAUCUAUGCCGGAUGCCGCGCAGACAAAUCCAGCUACAAGCUCAACAUUUGAAAGUCAAACCAGCGAGCAACUAACUGUACUGAAUAAGUCUGUUGCACUGAUCUGGGCUGAGCUGAAUUAUUUGACUGAUCACCGUAACAAAACAACUUAUGGAGCAGGUACGAUGCAGGGGCCGGGGCAUCCAAUAACAACAUCGAUUAUGACACUACCGUUCCUUACAUCGGAAGCAGAGCUAACUGCUUUCAACGAAAACUUAGGUAAUGAUGACUUUUUUGAAAGCGUCCUUCUUCUUAUUAAUGAUAAAGUAUCCGGAAAGCCGUAUGCUAAAAAUCGCAUGCAUGACACAUUCAUGAUGCUGUUCGAUAGAACAUUUUUAGCGACAUGCAGUUGGCGUGGUGGCGGCAAAAACGGCCUUAAAACAAGACUGGACGAUAAAGCCAAUAUUUGGCGAUUAUUAAAAACUGUAGGAGAACAGUUUGAAAUAGUUACAAUUGAAGACGUAGAACGUUUUGCAAAAACUAAAAUUAACAAUGCGUCAAGCUUAAAAACAUAUAAAGGUUUGGUUAAAAGCUCCACCAAGUGCUCGC